ACAGUCUAUGGUGGCUCCGCAGCUAACGGAGUUUCUAAGCUGCUGAGCCGAGCUUCUAAGUCAUUAAGCCGAGCCUCCAUCGCUACCAACACACUACAUUUAUUACAUGUACCACUACUGUUAAGGGAGGCAGAGGAGUAAGUAAACAUUAGACACUCGGAGCAAGAGAGAGCAGUGGAGCAACAGGGAGAGAGCGAAGACAUCGCUGUUAUAGAGCUACGAGGGUGAGCUCAGACAGAACACAGAAUCACUAAGCACGAUAGAAUAAGGGUUGGUAUGUGCGAGUGUUUAACUACAGACCGGUGAUUUUAGCCGUAGUAGUACAGAGAAACAAUUGUGUUUAGCAGCGGAGCUAAUUCGCAGAGCGACCACCACCAGUGGCAAGAAAACAGGAAAUGACGCAGCACGCUUACCGUAAUGACGUCAGCCUGUCUGUUGUCUCUUACAGGUUUUUACAUGAUUUCUUCAAAGUAGACAUUUAUCAUACAUAUUGCAGCCCUAAUUGAACCAUUUAUGACAAGCUACCUCUUCCACAUGAUAUUUAGCUUAGUGUGUUGGGCUUCAAUGACUGCACAAGAUUUCCUUUCAUCAGUAAUGACAGACGUUUCAUCGUACAUCCAGAUGGGAUAUUGAUGGUAAAGAGAAUGGUUGCUCUUCUUGAAGGACACCAGGACUUCUUUAUCCACUCCUGGAACUUGCACGGCCAAAAAAUUACUGUUCCAGUCACAGUCGUGCACAAUGGGCAUCUCCAUGGACAAAAUGAUGGGCAUCAUCAUGGACAUCACCAGCAAAAUGUUGAGCAUCACAAUGGAGAGCACAGUCACCACAGCAAUCAGCACCACUUGAAUUAAGUAGACUCUGCUAAUGAAACAGAGAAUGCAACCACCCCAGAGGUGCCUGUUCUGAAAUUCCCCAAGUCUGGUGAUGGAUUGAAGAGGAGGAAGAGAGACUGGGUUACUCCUGCCAUCAAUGUUCCUGAAAAUCACAAAGGACCCUAUCCCCUUAAAGUAUCUCAGAUCCGUUCUGGUGAAGAUAGAGUGAAGACGAUAUAUUACAGCAUCACUGUUCAAGGAGCUAAUGAGCCUCCCUACGGCCUUUUCACAAUGGACAGGAUCACUGGUAGUUUGUAUCUGACACAGCCUCUAGACAGAGAGAAGGUGCAGACGUACACGUAUGAUGCAACGGUACCAGAAAGUAGAGUGGACGCUCUGGUCAUUACGAUGGCAGUAACAGAUGCUGAUGAGCCACAUUCACCAGCCUGGAACGCCAAAUUUACGAUUGUUGAUGGUGAUCCUGGAGGCCUGUUCACAGUCACAACAGGAAGUAACAAACAGGAAGGGAUCAUUACUACUGCCAAGGGUCCUGACUUUGAAAUGCUCCGCAACCACAUUCUGUUGGUUGCAGUGGAGAAUGACAUCCCAUUUGCUACUCCACUGCCCACUGCCACAGCCACAGUGGUGGUGAACGUGCAGGAUGUCAAUGAAGCUCCAGUCUUUGAACCAGUGGAAAAGUUUGUGUCCAAAAGGGAGAACCUUCCUGUUGACAGUGACGUGGUGCAGUACACUGCUUCUGACCGGACAUUGCACCCAAACAGAAAGUCAUAUGAAGUCUUGGCCACAGGAACUGGUACUCUGAUUAUACAGCUUGAAGACGUCAAUGAAAAUGCACCCAUAAUUGAGGAACGUACAAUAAAGGUGUGUAACAAGGAAUCGGCUCCUCAGCUGCUCUCAGUAACAGAUAAAGAUGGACCUGGCUUUGCUGCUCCAUACAGUGUCUCUUUACAGGGCAUGUCCAAGAACAACUGGACCGCUCGUAGGAAUGAUUCCAAAACGGGCAUCGUACUUAAUUUAGUCACUGAGCUGGAAAGUGGAGAAUACACUGUGGUCCUGAGGCUUAGAGACAACGAUGGCAUGGAGCAGGACAACACCGUCCAGGCCACAGUGUGUGACUGCACAGGAAAAGUUGUGUCCUGUUCAGGGCAAAUUGCCAUUGGAACAAGCCUGCCCAUGAUUUUGGGAACACUGGGAGGCGUCCUGUGGCUGCUCAUGCUGCUGAUGCUGCAAGUGUUGCUGCUGCGGCUGAUGUUUGCGAGACGGAGAGGAUAGAAGCUUCUCAUGAAUCUUAUUGAUUUGCUGUGAUUGUCCUCCUCCCCAAUUGUCUGCAGUCUUCAUAUUGAGCAGCUGAGUCUACUUUUCAUCUCAUUCAAAUCUUCUACCCAUCUCCAGUCUCUUCCAACCAUCCACCACCACCAGUGU